UUUAGCAUGUCGUUCAGUGAGUGAUGCGUGCAUGUGCUCCCUGUUCGAAAGGCGCCUCGUCGCGAGGGUUCACGUCACCUUCACACGAGCUUUGUUUAGCUCCGCUCAUGAUCUGAUCGGAGCGACUCUCAUCUACUGCUGGGAGUCCAACUGGUCUCCUCGGGACACUCGACUGAUCGUGUCCCAGCCUUCUCCCCCUGAUCGUGUCCCAGCCUUCUCCCCGCGGCUCUCAUGGCUGGUGAUUCUGCACAGAGUCCCGUGUGGGAAGGGGCUUCUGUGUCGGCGGCCAUGACACCGUCCUCUCUGCCUGUCAAAUGGACUUCCUCCUCCUGUUUGUUCAGAGCCGCCGAGGACCAGGAUGGACGGAUGAAGAUGAUGUCGUGUUGGGAGCAUAUACAUUGUAUAAAAAUAUGAAUGAAGACGCCUUUUAAAGUGCAGAGAAGUGGCUCCGCGCCGGCCUGCUGUGACAUCGUCGUCAUCGUCAUCAUCAGGGAGGACGCAGAGGAGCACCAUGCUCAGGAGAAGGGAGACGCGGCGCUGGACUCCAGCAGGAGGCUGGAGUCCAACUGGCAUCGCUACCAAGAGUCAGAGCGCGAGGAGUGGUGGGAGGAGGCGCCGGCACGCAGAGGGGCCGACUUCCGGGUCCUGCUGGAGUCAGCAGGAGAUUCCUUCUCUCAAUUCCGGUUUUCCGAGGAGAAGAGCUGGGAGCUGGAGCUGCUAACAGCCGCCCAGGUGUCGGACCUGCCAGGCCUCGCUCGGCUUCUUCAUCGGCUUCCUCUUCAUCAGAGGUUGGACCUGGAGCCUGAGCUGGUGCAGGUGUCCACGCCUGUCGUGCUCCCUGCAGUGGCGUCCAAACAGGAAGUCGUGACCAAGCCCAGCCUCACACCUCCACACCCCGUGCUGAAACCCCCCGGACCAACCCAGCAGAAGACCACCGACCCUCCUGCGGACGAGGAGGACCAGGAGCUGGAGCUGCUGCUCAGCCUGGAGAAAGCGGCUCUAGCCUGUUCUCACACGGUUGCCGUGGAGACGGCCCGCGAGGAGCCGCUGAAGAUGGAGGAGGACCAGCCGGAGGAGAAAGCGGGCGAAGAACCUCCCGAGGUAGAGAAGAAGGAGGUGACAGAGGAGGACCUGGAGGACUGGCUGGACAGCAUGAUCUCCUGACCGCAGCCCACCACACCUACCUCCAUGUCCUCCUUCACCUGCUCCUGCUGGUCUCUCAGCUCGCCGAAGGCGUCGAUGAUCAAACCUGGGGGGAGGGGAAACCUUCAUCAGCGCUUCAGCCGGAGGCGAGGAGUGGCGAGUACGAACCCUGGAUGAUGGCCAGCAGGAUGACGAUGACGAAGAAGAAGAAGGUGAUGUCGAACAGGAUGCGGUACAGCUCGUAGGGGUCGCCCGCCGGGUCCUCCAGCUCGUCGCCGAUGCCGCCGCCGGCUCGCACGCCCACGUACAUGUGGAAGAGGUAGCACUGCGGGAGAGGGAGGGGCCUUCCAACUCACUGGGCUUGAAAUAAAAGCGACUGAAGAAUCUUCACACUCGGUCUUUUGAUUGAUCAGCAUCAACACACGAUCCCAUCACACAACUGCCACAAAGCAAGAGUCACCAGUCGACCUGCAUGUUUUUGGACGGCCCGCAUGGAAAAACGAUCAGGUGACACAUUAGAGUUUGACCUCCGUUAUGGGCUUCAACUGUUGCAGUACCCGGAGUCACCUGACGUGUUUCUGGGGGCGCUACUCUGAAGGAGGUCACAGCAGGGGAAGGAAAGGUGUCUGUCUGCGAGUAUUGACCCGGACAAGCGGGUUCUUUCUUUGGCGAACGUCAGAUCUCAGCGCGGAUCCUUGAGUGGCGCCGUAGAACAUUCAAAGGUUGCACGGCAGCAGAAGCGGAAGCUGAACCCACUCACCGUGUCAGCGGCUAACAGAAAUCACAAAUGAGAAAUGGAAAGAAUGGGAGGACUUUCACUGAAGCUCUGAUGGAAACUGUGGCCUGGCGCUUUUACGGAGAGGAGAAUGUCAAAGUGGAGCUCGUUGCACCUGCGGACGCUCACGAGGCUCAGGGCCGGACCUUGAGCUGCAGCGCUUUCUCCUCGGCGCAUGGCUUUAAAAAGCUCCAAAUCCUGCAGCGGGAAGUCAAAAGCGCCUUUGCUGUGAACAAAUUCUCUUGCUCCUAUGAAUCUCUCUGUGAGGUUUGAAGUCACGGCAAUGUGAUUCUCCUAUUCAAGAGCCACGAGUGAAACACAAGAGAAACUAUUCAGCCGCUGCGUACCUCCCCGCCUGCAGCGGCUUCAAGGUCGCUCUGAGAAUGUCAUCAUUCAAGCUAAAAGCUUUUCACAACCUUUCAUUGAACCUCCUCCUUUGUUUCUGCGAGUUUGCCAUUCAAUGGAAAGUGGUUGUGCAACUUCACUCUGAGAGAGACAAACAAGACUCACCGUCAUCAUGUCGUCGCACUUCAUGUCCGGCUCGUCCUCGUCCUCGCUCUUGUUGUAGAACUUUCUGAAGAAGUUGAAGGCGACCACGGUGUAGAGGUAGACCACCACGGCCAGCAGGCCCACCGUCAGCACCAGCUGCAAACACAGAGGACAACCUGAGCCUCUGCUGUCCUCACCAGACGCCGCCACGUUGGUGUGGAGCCACUCAACAGGAAGGUCGUUUCUGUUCACUCAUGUACUCCCACUUCCUCCCUGCACCGCCAGGCAGGAGUCCAUCCCAGCUGUCUGGAGUGAGGGGCCCCACAUAUCCAUGAGCCUGCACUCAAGGAACCAAGUUUUGGGACCGUGGGAGGAAAGCUCACGGGGGUCACACUGAGAGUAGCAUCCAUCAGGAAUCAAGCAGCACCAGAACACCACUUCGAUCGGAACAUUCAUUUUCAAGUCACGGCAACAUGAAAGGUGAGCCAUUGAACGCUGAAGGGGAAACUGCGGCUCCCCCUGCUGGUGAGACCAGGCUGCACACUGGAGUGCGACGUGACGCAGGGUGGAACUCAACUCCCCAGCGCACUCUCCUCCCGAAACCAUGCGCGAGUUACAUGACUGAAUCGUCACCGGGAAAGAGAUGGCAGCAAGUGAGGCUUUGGCUCCCUCUGCUGGUGGAACUCCCCACCUGCUUGCCGUUGUGGGUGACGGACGACAGGAUGGUGCGCAGCGUCUUGAAGCCCAUGGCGAUGUCCAGCAGGUGAGCGGCGAAGAAGAAGUUGUUGAAGUGACCAAAGACGGACAUGAUGGUGUACCAGAUCAGGUACAGGUAGUACUGGGGGACAAGCACACGCGCGUGUUUAGACUCACUGCUGGGCUCAAAUGGCUUCGCUAAUGCGUCAUGUUCUUGAAGUGAACUCACGUUGUCGGUCAAAACCACUCCCAUUUUCCAGACGUGGUACUUGGUGUCGAUGGAGCUGAGCCUGGCAGCAAGAUGAAGAGUGGUUAUGGAACAUUUGGCGCACUUCAUACUGAAGCUAGGGAUCAAAUAUUGGGGGAAUGUGAAAAACAAACAAACACUUUCGUUCUUUUUUUAGAAGAAUUUUUGUUUGGAUUUGUCAGACCUACUGAAUUCCUACAUUCACUUGACGUUGUUUUGUCGCCACCUGCUGUUGAGAAUGGCGGGGCGCAGUAACGAGAUCAGUUGAUGUUCUGAUAUGAAAAUGUUUUUGCUUCGUGAAGCCAUUUUAACGAGGAGCUCAGGGGACUGACGGUGAUCAGGUUGUCUCUCACCAGGACACGAGUGACGCCUCCUUCUCCACCGUCUCCACCGUGGGGUCGAAGUCCAGCGCGCUCUGGUCCAGACCCAGAAGCUCGGCGAUGCGUUCGGCUCCGUACAUGUCGCCGUACUUGUUGAUCACCUGAACACACAAGGGAGACGUCACAUCAAGUGGUCAAAUGCGCUGCAACAGGCAGUGAGUUUAUGAAACAGGAGGUCACUCGAGCAAGCCUUUGAGCCUAAAAGCCUCGUCACUCAAACACGGCCAGGUUCACCUUUCUCUUGAUGAACUUGUCCCAGUAGUUGUUGGGGAAGGAUCUGCAGCAGAGAGGAACACGUGAGACCCCUGUCACUCGGCCGUCACCGUGUCUCACACUCACGGGGUGUUGAUGACCAGUCGGUCCCACUGGCCCUUGAUGUCGUCAUCGGACGGCUGCUCCGUGAUGUAGAGGCCGUCGAACUCCAGCUUCCGGGCGAUCUCCUUCUCCCUCUUGAAGACCACCAGAGGAACCUGCAGUCCCAAACACCGGCAUGAGAAGCGCUCCGGACGGGUCAUGUGACCGCGUGGUUGCUGGCACCUUCAGGUAGUAGUAGCCGACCAAACACAGCAGAGAGAUGACGGUGUGGAACACGGCCAGGAAGCGCAGUGUGGGCAGCAUGUAGCCGGUGCUCUCCUGCAGCACAAACUCGUCCAUGUCGAAGAGCGUGUCCUCGUCGUCCUCCUCCGCGCCGCCCCAGCUGUGCGUGUCUUCCUCAUCCUCAUCCUCACUUUCUCCGGUCACCUGCAUCACAUUUUACAGAGCCAACCCCUCAGACUGAACCAAUAUUGGUUUAUCGAUCUGUUCAGUCUAGUUUCGGAGUCAAGGUCAAACGAUUCUCACCAUAGUUGAAAUGUUUGCUUGUUAUAUUACUUCAUUAUACAUUUAUCUCACAUUCUACAGUUGACUGGUCAAGUUUCAUUGUGGAAACAUCUGAAUAAUAAUCUGAAUUUGAAAAGCACUGGUGGACCCCGCGCGGCACCUUGUAGAAGAGCAGGAUGAAGUUGAUGGCGAAACACACAAACAGAGCCAGGAAGCGCAGGUUGUAGAAGUUCCGGGCCAGAUAGUUCUGUGGAGACGAGCGGGUCAGAGGAUGAACUCCAGCACAUUUCCAGAAGAAGAAGUGGGUCUUUACCAGCAUCUUGGUGAAGAAGACUUCCAGUGCAGCAAAGACAUUGGACAUGAAGGCUGGCGCCAGCUCUUUGGACAAACUGGAUCUGGACUUGGGUUUUUCCUCGCCGGCUGCCUCCUUCACUUCCUCCUCCUUGGGCUUGUCCUCCUUCUCCUGGUGCUCCGUGCUGCAGGGACAUGAAUUCAUGUGACUCUCAACAAGACAGGCUCAUUCUGAAGGCCAGAGGGGUAUGACUGAAGUUAAAGAAGCAAAAAUGAAAGCGGGACCAUCAACUCACUCUCCUUUCUCCGGCUCACCCUCGGGCGUCUCCGCAGGUUUGGCAGCAGCUUUCUGAAACACAAACGCUUCAUGAAACAAGAGCGGUUUGACAGCAGAGAUGAGUGAGAACCUUCUUCUGGUCGGGGGCCGAAGUUUCCGCUGUGAGCUCGGAGACGUCUCCCAGUCCGGGCUCCACGUGCUUUCCGCCUUCUUUCUUGGGCAUCGUCAACAUUUCCAGCAUCAUGUCCACCUCCACGUCGGCGGUGGGAGCCAUGGCCGCGUCCAAGCUUCCCGACGCCUCUAUGGCCUCCACCUUCUCACCCUCCAUCACGUCCCCGUGGAUCCCAAACUGAGUUGGGUCAGGCAUGUUGCCGAGGAUGUCGGUCACCUUGAUGCUCUUGGCACCUUCGACCAGCCCGCCGCCGAACAUGGAGGACCAGAUGAGGUGGAAGAAACCGAAGAUGAUGCCGUAGAUCCCUUUGAAGAAGCCGGUGAAAAUCAUCCAGAAGAAGGAGAAGAAACCGGCGAUGAUCUCCUUGAUGCCCAGGUUCUUGACUUUCUUCAGCUGCUUGCGGAGGUUUUUGACAGACACCAUCUGUCGCAUGGUCCCCAUUCUCCUCUUGACCGAGCGGCAGGCGGCAGUGAACGCCGAGGUCGACUCCAGAGCCACCUCUUCCUCGUCCUCCGAGACGUGUCCGUCUUCCUCCUCUUCCUCCUCCGGCUGCUCGACGGCAUCCGGCUCGGAGAUCUGCGAGGCCAGCUGCAUCUCAAAAAUGGUGUCCUCGCAGAAGUUGACAAACAUCUCCAUCUUCUCGCUCUCGCCUCCCUCGUUGACCACGUCGAAAAUGAACUGCCGUUUGGACUCCUUCACCUGCGGCUUCUCCCACUGCUCGCGGCUGGACUCGCUGAUCUCGAAGUAGACCCUCUCGAUGCGCUUGGCGCUGCCCAUGAUCUCGAUGCGGCCCAGGUACGGCUCAAAGUAGCUGAGGACGCUCUCGGCCAGGUCCAGGAAGGUGGCGAGGCGGGCGUCGUGGGGCAUGUGCUCCGACAGGUUGGUCAGCAGCACGGCCACAUUGAAGCCGAUGUCUUUGGCCGGCUCAUGGAAGCGCUCCACAAACUCCUUGUAGUUGAACAUGUCGUUCUCGUCUGCCUCAGCGCAGGACAGCAAGAACUCGAUCUCGGACUGGCUGUACUGCUUCUGGCUCUCCAUGGACUUCUGGAACUCCUUCUUGGAAAUGAUGCCCUUGCACUCAGGGUCGUACUCCCGGAAGUUGUCUGACGUGGUCAGGUCCUUCAGCUUGAGGAACAUGUCGAAGAACUUGAGGAUCAUCUCAACGUUGUUUGACGACUCCACCAGGGUAUCCACCAUCUGCUUCCCGAUCGUUCCGUUCACAACAUUCCCUGGAUAAGCAGAGCCUCCUUUAGCACCAUGAUCUGCUCGUCAUAAUCGGUCGGAUUGUUCUGAAACCUUCUAGCAGAGACAGCAUCAUGACCACCAUGUCCUUCUGCAAGUCCAUCAGCUCCUUCAGCAGCUCGAUCUGACUGGCGUCCUGCGGACACAGCGGCACACACUCCACGUCACACCGAUGUGCGCGAGGACCCUGGUGCGACGAUCGUACCUGAGACAGCUUCAUCUGCAUGUUGGCAAACACGUGCAGGAAGCCGACCACCGCGUCCCACAGUCUGCUGUGAGCCAGGCUCUGCUGGUUCCCGAUGCACGGGCCCUGAGAGAGCCAGGGUGAAGCCAUGUUCGCACUCAUGUGACCACAUUUCUUCACCUACCUGGAUGUACUCAGUCAGGGAGUUGAAUAUUUGCUUGGCGACAUCCAGAGCUUUGGAGAAAUUGACUUUCCCAGUCUCAUCGAUGACGUCUUUGCCAGAGUAGUACCAGUAGAAGUCACUGAUGGACUCCUGCAGAAGAAGAAGAAACAACUGUGGUCUGGUUUCUAGUCGACUCCAACUCUAGCUGAGGUCUUGGGAGUGGAACCUGCAGGCGGAGCAGAUAGUCAACGGUGCUGAUGAUGAUGUUAACCGUGGUCGUGUUUCCAGUCUGGGUUCUUAGGAAGUUCUGGAAAUCUGACAGACACGCAAGCUUUAGUCUUCCUGUUACGUUUUGGACGCUGGACCCAGAUCACUCUGUGCUCACCUCCGUUGUGCCCCUCACACAGAAGUUGCAAGAAGCGGAAAAGAUCUUUGGUGAACUCGUCGUUCUGAAGCACUUUGGAGCCUUGCGAGAGAACGAGUCAGGGUGAGCGAGGCUUCCUGGGGUGUCUCGAAGUGCCCCCAGAAGCCAUCAACAUGAAGCAAGCACAUGUUUGGUGUUCAAAACAUAACUACAAGGUCCAGUGGCCUUUAGAUUGCAGGUCGAGACUGAAUCCAAAGUGUUUUUCUUUGGAGAAUAAAAUGCUGUUGUAUCAACAACAAUGGAACACCAGGACAUUUCGGGAAGCUGGACGAGGCCUGAUCACUUUCACAUGCAGGCUGGAAGUCAGCCUGACGGACAUAAGUCGGUGAGGAGCAGACCAAAACUCCUCAUUGAGCUACAGAAGAGUCCCUCCAGGAUCACCCGAGAGCUCACCACUCGAGACAUAGAAAACACUCUUUGGCUCAAGGCUUUGCUUUGUCUACUUAUGGAGAGACUGGUGUUGGACUCCAUGUGUCGCUCUCACAAGGAUCAGAAUGUUGAUUGUGAGAGGUUGUCCUCAUAACUGAUUGGAAGCUCACCAGGAAGAGCUAAGGUCCUCCCGUGAGCUUAGUACUGAAUGGCUGGUAAGGUCCCACUGCUGACAGUUGAAGCGCGUGAACCAGAAGUAGGAACAGAAGCCGUUUUAUUGCGUUAUAAAGUGAAGCUCCAAACGAACAUGUUAAUGGCAAUUCUACCACACAUGCAGAUGCCCCUUGUGAAGGUGACAUGGCUCCCACUCUGGGUGGAAACGUGAGGUGAUCAGCUGAGCUGUGUGCAUUAUGACGUCACCACACUGAAAUCAUUGACAUAAAAAAAAAACCAAGAAAUCAGUGAAUGACAUUCUCCUUUAUUAAUAACCUGAACCUAUACCGGACAGGAAGUACUCGUAGGUUGGACAAACGGGAAGUGACCUGGGCUGAUCUUGCCAGGAUCGAUAAUCCAGUUUCACUGUUUGGCUUUAAUCUUGUCAUCCUCCUUGAAAACAUUGCCUAAAUGAUCCCCUGAAGCUGGAGCACCAUCACAUUCACAAGGUCUUUCUGUGUGCAGUAAAAACUGCUUUAAAACACCAAUUGGAAGUUUCAGGAUAAAUGUGAAGCCCAUUCUUCUGCUGGGCUACCAAUAUAUACAUCUGACCAAGGCUUUUCCUCCACGACAAACAACGAACACGAGAUCCUGGAGGGACCGACUGAAGACCAUGUGAAAGUCAGACAUCUCAACGGUGACCAGCUUUGUGAAAUAGGCCCCAAAUCCAAAGCAAGACAAAGCUCUGCUUAAGCUGUGGAAGACUCCCACAGACCCUCAUGAUGAGGCCCAAGCGACAGGUCGGAGCUAGAGGAUUGGCAUUAGUAGAUGUUAUGUUGGAGGAUAUGGAAACACAAGGUACAAGCAAAGAUGUCUGCCAGCAGACAUGCGCUGUGUCCCUACAGAGGGAGGGCGGAGACGACGAAGCAGUGAUGUGGAGGACACAUUCAGGAUGGAAGCACAGCCGUAUCAGCGUGAUCCAAGGUUGUUAUUUACCCCGCUUAGUGUGGACUGCCAUCGAUGGGAUUUAUUUGGUAAAUGAGAGGAGACAAACGAUACACGUAGACAUAAGCAAAAAGAGAGGAGACAGAGUUACAAUAAGAGGAGAUGUGGACUGAGUGUCAUGCAGUUAAGAAGAGGCUAAAUCUAGCCUGAGGAAUCAUGAUUGAAGUUUAUUACGGAGACAAGAGUAGUCACAGUGGUUUGUUAAACACACAACUGGAUGGAGAUGUUCAGUUGGAGACUAGGAUGAAGAGACAUGAAAGAAUGCAUCGAGUGAAAGUGUUAAAAUUUGGCAAGAACCGUUAAUGCUGGACCAUGUCAGGACUCACUCCCAAAAUUCUCAUUUGGAUUAUUGAAUCCACCAAGGCCACUAAAAGGACGAGGGCUGAGAAAACUAGUGUUAAUGACUGUGACUAGGAUGAGUGCAUGGUUCAGCAUUAGUGCGCUUCACUGACGCAAGUCUCAUUCUACCACAGAAGCUUUGGUCUACGCGAAUGAGUCACAGAGCAGAUUCAUACGGGAGGGAGGCGGCUUACUUGAACCUUCCUCCGUCACCAUUCCCAGUCCUUCUGCUUUGUUUUGCCUCUCAAAUGCAUUCAAGUCCAGGACACUAGAGGGAAGCAGUUAGAUGGGUGACAGCAUCAUCACACAAGACCCUCACUACAGUGAGGCCAGCAGAACACCCCGUCCUACUGAGUCUUUCAAUGAAUGGUGCUUUUCAAAGCAUUAAUAAUACGGCAUUGCUAGCGUAAGCCUACAAACAUAUGUAAGAAUUUACCUGCACGACUGCAUCAGUCCUGAGAGACUCUUGAAAAAUCCGGCAUCUCUCUUCUCCUUCAGGUAAUCAAGCAUUUUCUGAAGACAGCAGGAACAUACAAUCGAGCACAUGACAUCGGAGCUCGGCGGAUUGCGGUAUAAUUUCUCACCUUCUGAACUUGCACAUUGCCUCCAUUUAGGAUGGAGAUGCCCAGUUUGAGGGUGCAGGUCACCAUGGGACCGAGACGUCCUGAGCAACAAGGUCAGAUUAGAUGAAGAUGGAGAAGAGAAGAGAAGACAACUAGAUGACAUCAUUGAAAAGCUGAGGUGGACACAGAACAGCUACAAAAUCUUGACUCUGAGAGGUGCAAGAUGAAAAUGGGAGAAAGCAGGAGCACCUUGUGUCACAGUUAUCUCUGAGCUGUUGAUUUACUGUCACUUUCACUUGUCCGGUCCAAGACCAGAGAACUGCUUGUUGACCUGAAGAGGAAUGCCAGGGAGUCUGCUGUCCAUCAAGCGGCUCACUCUAUUGUAGGUCUCCUGGAGGACUACAAGUUUUGCUGAGGAGAAGUUGGCCUGAGGCAAGAAUUCCUCUACUGUGCUCAGGCUUGACUGAUCCAAACACCUAGUGAGACUGUGAAUCUGAUGUCACUGAGGCAGCAGGUUCUCUCGGACAGUGUUGCACAGCCAUUCACGACUCUCCGGGGGAGUCAUCCCUGCCAGCUGCCAUCACUGCGCGCUGUGGAGCGGACAAUGUUCUGGGACUGUCGUUGUACCUCCAGGAUGGAACGCCUUGUUCUUGUCAAACUUCAGAAACAAAAAGCAAUUUCUCUUGGUGAUUAAUAUUCUGAAGACUCGGAGCAGCAUGGUGGUCUAUUUCAGGAGAGCAGGACAGCUGAAAGUGUCAAAAUGGUGGGCAGCCAUUAUCCGAAUAAAAGGGACUGGGCUGACCGAGAUUACAGAGGUGCUAAUGAGUGGUGCACGCUGGGUCUGAGAAAGCGAAAUGAAAGGGAUGGCUGUCCUUGUGAGUUGGCCUGGGAGUGGUAGUGUAACAGUGACACUAGGAGCACAGAACCAUCCGUGUCACAUUAGAGAAAGAACGUCUUUGAUGGUUACACCUUUACUGGCGCUGAUCAUCUGCAGAACCAUCUCCGCAGCUCCACGGGCGUGUAGCCGAGCCUGCUGAUACAAGAUCUUCUGCUUUUCCAUCUCCUUUUCCUGAUGAGCAAAACACAUCAACACGUCACAUUAAAGCCAUUCUCUGAAGGCAAACAGUAGCUCACCUCAAACGUCUUCUCUUUCCCUUCCUCCUCUUCUUCUUCUUCUUCAUCAUCCUCUGCACAGCUCUGUACACACGACCAGAUGUCACUUCACCAGGUUUGUGCGUGUUAAGCUGUGAACACACUACCUUUGCCAUCAUGUCUGCGUAUGCUAUAUACAAAGGAUCUUCUUCCAAGUGACUGUAAACCGACAACAAAGACAGCAUCAGUGUGUUUACUUGGACCAGUCAUGUGUAUUGGAGUCACACACCUUCUCUCUGUCAGGGCGUUGUGGCUGAAGUGGAGGAUGAGUUGGUGCAGAGGGUCGGGCUGGAUCUCAGCCACCUCCUCUUCCUCCUCCUCCACAAUCUUCAUGGGUGUUUUCUGCACAGUCCACAAGCCUAUUAGCUUUGUUGUGCAUUGUGACAAACCACAACUAGUAACAAACAACUCGGUCACUGCUUCACAAACCCCUCCUGUCAUUGCCCACCAAAAAACCUCCCGACAUCCCUCAAGUGCCUUCAUGCAGAUGAGACUCUGAAGUGUCCUGGUGAUCCGUGGAGGACAAAGCAAGGUGAGAAACUGGAACCUUAGACACAUGCAUGUCACUGCAGACAGGGGCAAGCGUUAGGUGAGAUGAGGCGGAAAAUGAGUUCACCAGAAGCCUGAACUACACAGCCAUCAGACCAACUAACAAUGGUUCUGGAAGUUACAUUAGAAAACCAUGAGAGCAGCAGUUGAUGUGCAAACCAGCACUAAAUCAAAGGAUGAAACUGACUUCACUUCACUCGACUGCAGCACCGACAAGGCCGCAAAUAGGUCAAGCAAUUAACUAGAGAUGGACACAAAGCUAGUGCAACAAACGGACUGGGUGAGUUUCACUCUCGAGCUGCGGUUAUUUUUACGUUUCUACAAUGCAUCUACAAUGAGCAACUGCAGAACUUUUUUCUGUAUUUCCUGUCAGGGGCACAGACAGUCGACUAUCAUCCUUGAUCUUGAUCCUACCCAAGUCACACCUUCAUUCCCUCCGAGCUCAUGAACCUCACCGGUUCUAUUUUUCAUCAUCUCCAACAUUCUCGACCCAAUACUGUGUCCAUAUGUCCAGACCAUCUGACCUCCCUAACCUUGUCUCUAAACUUCCACAUGUCCUGCUAAACCAGUCUAGUCACUCCCAGUGCCAAUCAUCAAUCUCAAAAGAUAAAUCCUGUCAGUGACCUCUACUAGCUUGUGAAGCUUCUCUUUCUCUCUUGCUGCUGCUUUGACAUGAUAGAGGUCUACACAAGGCCUGCACUCUCUGCUUCACUUCCUGCAUCACUGUGUGAUCCCAGAAACUUGCACUCGUUUGAAUGAAUCACAGAAGUCAAAACCAAGAUCAAAAUGUUCUGUUUUGAUGGCACCAAUUUUGCGGUAAAAAAGUAAACUACCUACAACUGAGUACAAGUAAGUUUAGCAGGCAAGUAUUCAAGCGUGUCACUGAGUUUGAAGGGCUUCCUUUAUCUACACGAUAGGCAUCUAUAAGUGCUUUGAUCAAGGUCUCACCAGACACAGAGCCGGAGAAGCAUUCUGCAGUGCCAACACAGGGCCGAGCACCACAGUGGUCCCGGUACUUACUGCCAGAUCCUGCACUAGUUUCUCCUCAAAGGAGUACUCCUCUGCCUCUAUCCAAAGUCUCUGAUAGGAUGGGAUGAAGAAGUUGAUGGCACGAUGCCUGAGACAAGGGGGGGCGGGGGAGUGGAAGGCAGAGUGCCAUUAGGG